UCCAUACCUCCCUCCCUCCCUCUGUGGUCAGUGGGUGAGAGGGGGGAGACGAGAAGCACCGAUCGGAGAACCCUGCCGUCAUCAUCAUCAUCCUGCUGCCGCCUCGAUCCUGCCAUCACACCCCCCCACCCCCACCCCACCCGGUCCAGCCUCCGGUCCUGGAGCGUCGGACGCAGCGCUUGGAUCUCCAGCCGUUUUCCUCCUCUCGAUCUGAAUGACGGGCGGACGGUUUGACUUCGACGACGGCGGCACUUUCUGCGGGGGGUGGGAGGAUGGCAAAGCCCACGGACACGGCAUCUGCACCGGACCCAAGGGCCAGGGCGAGUACGCCGGGUCCUGGUCGCACGGUUUCGAGAUAGUGGGGGUGUACACCUGGCCCAGCGGGAACACCUACAAGGGCUACUGGUCCCAGGGGAAGCGGCACGGGCUGGGCGUGGAGAAUAAAGGCAAGUGGGUGUACCGCGGGGAGUGGAGCCACGGCUUCAAGGGGCGCUACGGAGUCCGGCAGAGCCACAACACACCUGCCAGGUACGAAGGGACCUGGAGCAACGGGCUGCAGGAUGGAUACGGGGUCGAAACCUACUGCGAUGGAGGUACCUAUCAAGGUCAGUGGAUGGGUGGGAUGCGCCAUGGCUAUGGCGUCCGUCAGAGUGUUCCCUAUGGCAUGGCCACCGUCAUCCGUUCCCCGCUACGAACAUCCAUGGCCUCCCUGCGCUCCGAGCAGAGCAACGGCACUGUGCUCCAUGACCUCUCCUCCCCUGCCGACACGCCGACAGGCAGCCGCGGAGGCUUCGUCCUCAACUUCCACUCGGACAGCGAGGUCGUCACUGGCAAGAAAAAGGGUCUGUUCCGCCGGGGCUCGCUAUUCGGCAGCCUCCGACAGCUGCGCAAGUCUGACUCUCGGACUUCAAUCUCCAGCAAGCGCAGCUCUGCGAGAAGCGACGCCACCAUGAGUCGCAUCAGUUCCAGCGACGCCAACUCCACCAUAUCUAUCGGCGAUGGCGAGCUGCCGGAUGAGGACCUACCUCAGGAGGACCAUGUGGACGCGACCACCACUGAGACGUACAUGGGCGAGUGGAAGAACGACAAGCGGAACGGGUUUGGUGUUUCAGAGAGAUCCAACGGGAUGAAAUAUGAAGGGGAAUGGCUUAACAACAAACGCCAUGGUUACGGGUGCACAGUUUUCCCAGAAGGCACCAAAGAAGAAGGGAAGUACAAAAAUAAUGUGCUGGUGCGUGGAAUUAGAAAGCAGUUGAUCCCUCUUAAGAACCCCAAAACCAAAGAGAAGGUAGAUCGGGCUGUGGAGGGGGCACAGAGGGCUGCAGCCAUCGCAAGGAGUAAAGUGGAAAUAGCAGCUUCCAGAACGGCCCAUGCCAGGACAAAAAGCGAGGCUGCAGAACAGGCCGGCAUCUCUGCCAUACAUGAGUCUGAAAUGGCCAGGGCAAUAGCCAGGGAGCUCUCUCCUAACUUCUACCAACCAGGACCCGACUACAUUAAACAACAGCUGAAAGAGCCAGUGGAAAUUAAAGAGGUUCCUGUUGAAAAGAAAGACAACUCCCCUCAUGACUCUCCCCACUUUUACCGUAAAGGCACCACUCCUCCUCACUCUACCGUGGCCAGCCCCGCAGCCACACCUCCCCCAUCGCCUGAGACUAGCAAGAAGAUGAGCCAGAUUGGCAACAGCAUCAGCCACAAAACCAUCAAAGAAGAUAAACCGUCGCGUAAAAUAAGCAAGGAAGAGAAGUCAAGUUUUAAACCCAGCAAGGAAGAACGUUCUAGUAGGAAGUUGAGUAAAGAAGAGAGGCUGUCCAUCACUGAUGGCCCCAAGAGUUCCCAAGGUCACGUCGAGGCUCCGCCUAAACCCUCUAAAAUUCACCAGCCUACCACAGCAUCUGCGCCUCCUUCACAGCCUCCUUCAGUUCCGGUCAACGGCCAGCUCCACUCUGAGUACCACAGUUACUACGUCAAGGCCCCUGCAAGGGGUCCUCCACCGCCAGAACCCGAGGAAGCAGAAGAGCCCAGUGCGCUGGCUCUGGCACGUUUGCCCCCACAACCUAGAUCCUUCAGCAUCCCCACCCCUACUCCAAAGCCACCUUCUCUUCGGGACAACAAGAGCGAGCCAAAACUCAGGAAGCAAGAUUCUCUAAAGCCAAAGAGCCUCGCAGACACGAAAAAAGCAAGCAUGGAGAUUGCAGAAAGCACGGAAGAAACAGGUCCUAACUCAAUCCUUGUUGCUAUGGUAAUGCUGUUGAAUAUUGGCCUUGCAAUUAUAUUUGUCCACUUUCUGACAUGAUGAUGCUGUUUCUUUGUGAAACCAUGGCAACUGGCACAGUUGAAUUGCCGGCCUUGGAAAGUGAAAAUGGCGCCAGUGAGAGACGGGGGCGGCCGGAGGUGUUUAGGAACCAGCAUGACACCGACGAGGAUCAGGAGGAAGACAUAACUACUACCAACCUGUCUUUGGCCUUCUUGAGGGCCAGCCCUGUCAAUUAGCACUCCAUUGGCUUCUGUAUUUGCAGAAGAAAAAUGUCAUGUCUCGUCAGAUUAAAAAAAAAAAAAAAAUCUAGAAAAUGCAACCAAACAUGUGACAAACGAAGUUAUUGAAACCUACAUGUGUGCUGACCCAAGCUCAGGUCUCUGUAGCCCACCUCCGCUGCCUUGGCAGAGAUAGCAGUGGGCUGACGGACCUUGCUGGAGGAGUGUGGAGAUGCACUUUUAGAUGACGGGCGCAAACAGCUGCCUUUCUAUUUUGCCAUCUGACGUUUUGAUGGGGAGAUGUGAGCCCAGCCCCUGGGCGGCCAGGGUGUGCGGAGUGGGGCUCAGGUGUUUGAAGGGUUUUUCUGAGGUUCAAGCCAAUUUUGCAAGAGCAAACCGUGCACGGCCGUUGCCAGCAGUCAGUGCUUGCACGGUCACUAGCCAGUCUUACUCUGUUAACCCAAACAUCCCUGCAGCUUUCUCGAGCUCCGUUGUAAUCCGGGAUACACUGCUUUGAAACACCCCCCGUGCAUGGUACAGUUUAACAUUUUGUUUGUUGUUUUUAUGUAGCUUUUCGUUCACCGCUGUUCUCUGAAUGUUGGUUCCCUGCGUUCUUACACUUGUAGAAAUCUCUUCAUAGAACGGGUAAAUAAAUCAGUUUUCCCUUUUUAAUUGAAUUUUACUCGUUUCUAACAAAUGAGCUGUAAUUUGAUAUUACACAUAAAUGUUACUGAAAGUGCAAUAUGUUUAUUUUAUUUUUUUGUCAAAAGCUUAUAUUUUACCAGAGAUGGUGUUCUACUAUUCUAAAAAAUAUAUAUAUGUAUUUUUUUCUUUGUCAGACACGUGAUUUGAAUAUUUGAGAUAAAGCGUUGACUGUCAAUAGAAAUCGUGGUGAGGAACUUGAUUUAUUUUUUAAAAAGAAGAGAGAGGAAAAAAAAACAUAGCUCUGUGAAGUAACAAAUGUCUUACUUUAUUUUAUGAAAGAAAAAAAUUUAUUGUACAUGCCUUGACCCUUUCGCUUUAAUUUUGUCAGUUCAGUUAUUUGCUUUCCCAACAACACUAAUGCAAAACUGCAGUUAAGAGCUGCUUAUAGGCCCAGCAGUGCUUGCAUGUGCAUAGACUGCUAAUUGUGGACAGUGGAGGUGUAUUCAGGUUGAGACCAUGUGAAAUGGGGCUACAGAGAGAUUUGCCUUUAGAAGUCUUUAACAGUGCUACUGUUUACCUCAAAGAGAUGAGGAAGGAAGGGAAGCGGGGAAAGAUGCCAUCCUUGUCUUAACUCUUUUGCAGGAGUGGGGUGGGGGAUAUUAAAUCCGUUGUCACCUGAAGCUCACGAUUUUAACCUGCUUCAUCCUAGCUGCUUAUAGUCUUUCUUGCGGGUAUGGCAUGAAUGUCUUUGAUUUCCAAAGUGGUUAUUUUUAUGGUGGGCGUUUACUGUCACCUCUACCGAGAUUAGUUAUUUAUUCAUUGUAUGACUGAUGUGUUUGUGAACACUGGUCGUCAUGAACAAAAAGGGCUUACAAUGAUAUCUAGAGUUUAUUUGUUGCAGUUCUUUUUUUGGCUUGAUUGUAUUGUCAGUUCUAAAACGAGCAGCGCGUUAGACGAUUCUUCAUCUAGUUGGAUUUAUUUCAGUUCCGUUUAUUUUAUUCAGCACCAGUUCACAACAAAAGUCAUCUCAGGGCACUAUGCAAAGAAGCAACAAGGCCAAAUCAGCUCCACAUUCAAAUCUGCUUAGUCAAUUCAAUCCAUUUGUAACACAAUACAAUCACAUUCGGUUCAUUAUAAAACGCCAACGAGUAAAAAAGUUGUUUGUCUAAGGAAGCCAGCAGAUUGUGUCGACUCGUCACUUUGUUGCAGUUCCCCAUCCUGAGUAAGCCCAAAGGUGACAGUGGAAAGGAACGUCUCCCUUUUAACAGGAAGAAACGUCCAAUGGAUCCAGGCUCUGGAUGGGCAGUGAUUUGUCUCAGCCAGCUGAGAGUUGAGAGGACAGGAAACAAACAAACACAGAAUCAUUGGGUCAGACUGAGUUUCUAUGGGACGAAAAACAAAGAACACACUGUUAAUGCAGCAAUAACUGCAAAUAUGAACAGAGAGUAAUGAGAAGAAAGACAGAGUGAAGAAAUCCGGUCAGUUUGUUUUUCAGCAGUCUAAGCCUAAAGCAGCAAAACUAAAGGGAUACUUCAGAUUACCCAAACCAGCCCUAACUAUAUGUAUGUUUUAAAUUAUGUUCUAGUUUUAACAGGGAGCCAGUGGAGCAAAACUAAAAUGGGAUCAAUAUGAUCUCUCCUGGUAACUCCCAUCACAACUCUGACAGCAGUAUUUUGGAUAAACUGAUAACUUUCUAGAGAGGGUCACUUUAUUUAAUUUCAUUUUGUUUAUUUUUGACAUCUUGACAUUGUUUGUAAAAAGUCCAGCUUAGAAGUGAUAAAAGCAUGGACCAGGUUUUUUUUUUUUUUUUUUGCUUCAUUUUUGAAUAGAAUGUCUCCCUUUUCUUAAUGUUGUGCAGGUAGAAGAAAGUGGCCCUGGUUAAAAAAAACAAAUUGGUGUUAAAUGACAUGUCCCAUUUAAAAAUCACACCAAGGUUCUUUACAUUAGAACUGGAGGCCAAGUCGUAGCCAUUCAGAGGAAGUAAAAAAGCUGCAAAGUGUGUUCCCAAGAUACACAACAUUUCUGUCUUGUCUGAAUUUACUGUAUAAGCAGAAAAUUGAAAGUCGCCCAGGUUUUUAUGUCUCUAAGACAUGUUUGUAAUCUAAGUAACUGAUUGGGUUUAUCAAGAUUUACAGAAAUAUAAAUGAGUAUCAUCCACAUAACCACAGUAACAUACCCCAAGCUGUCAAAUAAUUUUAUCUAGAAGCAUAUAUAUGAAGUAAAGAGUAGUGAUCCAAGCACUGAACUCUGAGGAACUCCUUGACUAAAUUUGGUGUGUGAAGAUUCAUUAAUAUGAACAAACUGGAAUCUAUCAGAUAAACGUGAUUUAAACCAUUAGAGCUGUUCCUCUAGUCCCAAUGCCAUGUUCAAUCCUCUGGACUAGAAUAUUGUGAUCACUAGUUUCAAAUGCAGCACUGAGGUCUAACAGGACCCGUAUAAACACAAGUCCGCUGUCUGAGGCCAUGAGAAUAUCAUUAACAUUAACCAGUAGUGUUUCUUUGCUCUGUUGAGCUCUAACCCUGGACUGAAACCCCUAAAAGUAUCUAUGCCCAGAUGUUCACACAACUGAUUUGCAACUAUUUCUCCAUGAGUUUUGGAGAGGAAGGGUGAGAUUUGAUCUAGAUCUAUAAAAAGCUGGAGCUCUCAGAUAUACAGUAGAUCUGGUUUCUCAAUUAAGGGUUUAAUUACUGUACAACCACCUUAUAAGCCCUGUAGUACAUAUCCAUUCACUAAAAACAGAUUAAUCAGAUCCAAAGUGGGGAUGUUAAUCUAAGCAAGCACCUCUUUGAACACUGGUUGGUGAUAUCGAUGGUUCGGAAGAAGGUGUAAUUUUUCAUAACUCAGCGAGCUCAACGGGACAAAGUCCAAACAUACAUCAGGUUCCAGUGAGACUUAUUAAGCUGCUUUAUAUAAUAAACCAGUGGCAAUAGUAGGGAGGAUGGUAUGAAUUUUCUCUCUAAUUGUAACAAUUUUGUUUGAUGUUUGCAAACUGUUCACAGAACUACUGGAAAACUUACUACUGACAUUUACAGAAAAUAUUCUGAAGACUAGAAGGCAUAACAGAGGAGCCUGUUUGUGGGGUAUUUUUAAAAAAAACAUUGCAUGUUGGAGACAUUUAUAUAUAGAGUAUUAUUAUUAUUAUUAUAUACUAUUUGUAAGGAUUUUUACAGAGCACAAUCCAGAAUCUGGUAUGAGUUGGUAUUUUUCUAACAAUUUGCACACCUGUAUUUUGACAAUGAAGAUAACUUUGUUUGUAAUUGGUAAUGUAAUACACAUAUGAUCACGUUUGACACUGGGGAAAGAAAAAAAAAUCAGCUGGUCAUAUUGUUCGUACCAUUUGGGGAUGUGAAAGGCAGAUGUACUCAUUUGAGGAUUUUAGGAAACAACAAGGAACUGUGGGAGAUUUUUGAUAUGUUAUGGUUCAUAAUACCCCACUGAUUUGUGCAAAGUCUUUGGAGAUGAAGUUAUGUGUAUAAAAUAAAGAUAUUAUGCCUUGUUAAACAAAG